CCGGUUAACCUUCCAGACACCGAAUGUAAAAUAUUUUUAUUUUCAUCAAAAAAUUUUUUGAAGAGUUUUCGUUGAAAAUGUUGUCGGUUGUGAGGUGUUUGGGAAAUCGUAGCCUCGCAAAUGCAGCUGGCAGCAUUUGUCGUAGCGUGGUAAUCCCAAAUAAAGUUGUAUUUGGAAAACAUUUUAUUUCCGUUGCUUUAACAAGACGAAACAUUUCACAAAACUCGAAAUUAUUGAAAGAAUCGACGGUUGUUCCCGCGAAAACCGAAUAUGAGAUCGAAUGCGAAAGAUUUUUUGACAAAGAAAAGCCGGAGACUUUCCUUGGUUUUGAUCGUUUUGAUCCGUUAUAUGACAAAGUAAUCGCGCACGUGAUCAUGUUCUUCGGCUUCUCGGUUUUUCUUGUGUUUAUACCGGCCAUGAUGAUAUAUGGACCUGACUAUAGGUCGCGCAUGAUUGAAUGGCGAGAAUACGAGGCGAUUACUUUGCUCGAGGAGCGUCAAGCGAAUGGUCAACCUCCAAUCGACCCUGAUUUUGUCCCCAAAGAUUUAAUUGGGACCAUGGUUCCAGAGGAAGGUGAUUGGGAGCAACAAUGGCUGCGAGCCCAACCAGCCGUCACUACCGAUCAUCGGUUGGAAUAUUACGUACAAGCCCCAACGUGGUGAAGUUGUUGUUUUGUUACCAAAAUAACUUUCAAUUUUCGAACAGUUCAAAUAGAAAUCUUAUAAUAAACGCGUGUCUUUAUAAAGUGCCAUAAACAUGGGUAUUUCCCCAGAUGCAA